UCCAAAGCGCCGUAAACACGCGUGGAGAUCCUGGUGAUGUCUAGGGAGUGUCGGGAAUUCGCUUCCUCGCAGCGACUAUGAUCCCCAUUAUUUCCGACUUACUCGCCCAACCUGGGGUCAUGGUGGGCAUGGGGUUGGGAGUGUGCAUAGGCUUCUUCAUGAGGGGUUCCUUGCUGGGAAAUGGAGAGCCGGUGGAGGAAGGAGACGACGAGGACAACGACGGGGGAUGGGACGAGGAUGGCUUCCUAGCUGAGGGAUCUGGUGAAUACAAGCUGGUACUUGUGGUACGAAGUGACCUCAAAAUGGGGAAGGGAAAAGUGGCAGCCCAGUGUUCCCAUGCGACUCUGAAGGCCUUCAAGCAGUCUCAAAAGUCCUGCCCCAAGAUUUUAAGAAAGUGGGAGUUAAAUGGACAGCCAAAGGUAGUGGUGAAGUUGGACGACGAGGCUCAGAUGCUGGACUUGGCAGGGCUGGCUAGGGAGGUUGGUCUGACCGUAAGCCUCAUCCAGGAUGCUGGUCGCACUCAGAUAGCCCCAGGCUCACGCACUGUCCUUGGGGUUGGGCCAGGACCAGCAGACCUCAUUGAUCAAAUUACUGGUCACCUCAAACUAUAUUAGAGUUUUUAAUUUAUUUGUACUGAUGAAUGGGAUACUUCUAACUUAUAAAUACUGUGAUGGUAUUUAUUGGCUAUUUGUUAUUAUUUUGAUAGGAAAUAGGAGAAAAAUAAACAAAAAAAGGGGAAAACUUUGACCUCAUGACAACCUGCAUAAUCAAGUAAUUUGAGUUUGUUUUUUUUAAUUUGAAAGGGGAUUUUCAAAUAAUGAAGAGAAUCUUGCUCGUUAUGUUAUUUAUGCGCAAUCUAACAUUUUGUGAAGAAAAAAUACUUGAUUGGAUUUCUCUUUCCUUUUCUUUUUAAUAUAUAUAAGAAGGGUAUUGUGAGGUUGUUACAGAGUUGCUGUGGUUCAGUUGAGGUGCUUCAGGGUAAGGCAAGAAUCCAAGGGUAGCUUGAUAAUUCAAUAUUCUAUUGUUUUUUUGCUGUUGUUUUAUCACAAGUAAUUUGGUAAUCUUAGCACUCUGUAACUAUGAAAUAAUAAAUUUGAGGCACUGGAUCCACAGUCGAUUAUAAAAAUGUUUUCCAUUUACCUCACUUGUUUGCAACAGUUACAUGCUCACAUAUAGUACUACCCUACAGAGAAUAAUGUUCUGGCUUAUGCUUAUACCUUUUCAACUUAUUGCAGUGGGGGAUAUGUACUGUCCACUGUAAUUUAUUUAUUUAAUUAUUUAUGAUUUUUUCUUUCUUUCUUUUUUCUUUUUCUUUUUGUUUCUUUUCUUUUUUUUUCUUUCUUUUUUCUUACAUAUAUGGCUUUGCAGGUACUCAGCCACCAAGGAGUCAAUUAGUAGGUCUGUAUGACCUCAUCUAACACAUGAAUUUACAAGAUUUCUUUACCAACGCUAAUAGGAAUGAAAAAGAAUCCAUCUGAAAACCAAAGGAAAGGGUAAACAGAUAUGGGAUAUGCAGGGAUGGUAAUUGACCCCUUAAUAACUAAACUGUUGUGGAGCUAUUAAUGUAUAAACAAACUUAAUGAACUAAAAUCCUAGUGCACAUGGCAUGUACAUAUAUAUGCCAUCCCAGCAUCAUUGGGUUAACAUUUUAAGAGAAAACUCUCAAAGCAGAAAAAUAGCAUUUUGUCUCUUGUGGUUGAAUGGAAAUUGAAAAGGGAUUUAAAAUGCUCAAGAUAUAUUGCACAUGAGUUAUGCUUCAUGAUAAAAUAAGUGAUAAAAUAAUGUGAGGUUCUGAAGCAAUUUCUUUCCUUAUUUGAUUAACUACGGGUAAGAAUGUCUGUUAUGUGACAAGGAACACUAUUUCAUCUUUGUGGGAACAAAUUAUAAUUAUAUCCUAUCAACAAAUAAAAAAAAAUCCCAAGACAAAUAUUUGGUUUGUAAUGAGUGUUAUAUACAAAAUCACUUCAUCAGUCAUUACACAAGCAAUAGUUGUGUUGUGUGUGUUGUCGCUUCACCAAAACUGUCAUUCAUCACAUGCAAAAUUCUAAUUAAACACAGACAAAGGUAAUCUAAUGACCUCAAAACGUUUCACAUGUUGUUGAUGUAUUCACUUUUAUCUACGUGUUGUGUAAAUGGUGGUAUAGAUUAGCUCCUCAGAAUGUUGUGACAAAGGCUGAGUGUCUAACAGAAGGCCUUAACACCUUCCCUUUCUCUAUACUGUAACCUUUCACACAAAUAAAACUGUCAGAAUCAAGGUUGACUUUCCUCGUUUGUAUUCAGGUUGGAUAACUUAACUAAUCACAAAACCAUUUCACUACCAAAGAAGCUCUUGAUAUUAUUCUUAGCAUCUUAUCACAAGCUUGCAAUGUGUUUGGUACCAUAUGUAGAAUUUAAUUGUACAUCUGUCAAUCAGAGAACUACUUUCCCCUUAGACAUACAAAUUCGAAGUCUUAUCUGUAGUAUCUUUCCCAGUAGUUGGAAAUAAUGAUGGGAAUUUUUUUUUUGUUAUAAAAUUACUUUUAUUGGUGAAUGAUUUUAGGCUGAACAGUAAUAAUGCUUGAAAAGUUAGAUUAUCUAUUAGUAAUUACAGUAAUCUUGCUUU